CAGCCAAGAGAGGAGGGAGGAAGGGGAUUGGUGCAGGAGCAGGUAGACAUUUGCAACCCUCCUUUCCUGCUUCCCUCCUGAAAGUUCUUCAGAAAUUGGUAAUUAUUCUAUCUGUCUAUUUUGUAAAAAUGGGGGGUUGCUCCAUCACUGCAUCAUGGAGCGCAAACUUAUGGAACUUAUUCCUCAAAAAGUAGGACAAGCUGUAAAUAUAUACCUAGCUUGGGUUUAGUUAAGCCCCUAAAUGACUGAUCCCUAUGGAUCAGAAGAAAGAGUCAAAGAUAUCUGGCAUUCCUUCCCAGCGAGCCAAGAGCAUUAGAUAGACUAUACUGACCACUUUGCUCAGGCUACAGGACAUUGCUCAGAAAAGCCUGAGAACUCAAUUGGGGCAUGGGAAGUUGUUCUGGCCAGAAAUGUCUUUUCUAAUCACAUGUUUUUGACUUGCCACUCUAGCCCUAAUAGGCAGCCAUUCGUUCUCUUUGGUAAUCACUCCACACGAGAAAACUUGAAUGCUGGCAACUUUAACUUUCCCUCUGAAGGGCACCUGGUACGCAGCACUGGUCCUGGUGGGAGCUUUGCCAAACACUUGGUAGCACAGUGCGUCUCACCAAAGGGACCUCUUGCUUGUUCAAGAACAUACUUUUUUGGAGCUACUCACAUUCCAUACUUGGGUAAUGCCGCCGCGCUUCCCAAGCGGCGCACUCAUCCAGUUAGGCUCUUGUCCCAGGUAUAUGCUGCUGUUAUUGAGGCUGUCUUGGCUGGCAUUGCAUGUUAUGCUAAAACUUCCAGUCUAACAAAGGCCAAGGAGGUAGCAGAGCAGACCCUGGGAUCUGGCUUAGAUUCCUUUGAGUUGAUUCAGUUUAAGGCAGCCCUACGAUCAAAGAUGACUUUUCAUAUACAUGCUGUGAAUAAUCAGGGAAGAAUUGUGCCUCUGGACGGUGAAGAUAGCUUAUCCUUUGUGAAGACGGCUUGUAUGACCAUCUAUGACAUUCCUGACUUGCUGGGAGGAAGGGGGUGCUUAGGAUCUGUGGUCUUCUCAGAAUCAUUUUUGACAUCUCACAUCUUGGUUAAAGAAAAGGAUGGCACUGUUACCACAGAAACCAGCUACACAGUCCUGACAGCCGCCAUACCCAGAUUCUGCUCCUGGCUGGUAGAAGAUAAUGAAGUAAAAUUAUCUGAGAAAACCCAGCAAGCAGUGAAGGGAGAUGAGUGUUUCCUGGGUACUUUUCUAACAGGAGGAGACGGAGCAUAUCUUUAUUCCAGCACUCUACAGUCUUGGCCUGAGGAAGGGAAUGUGCAUUUCUUCUCUAGUGGCCUUCUGUUUUCUCACCAUCAUUGUGGAAGUAUCACCAUUUCCAAGGAUCACAUGAAUUCCAUUUCCUUCUAUGAUGGGGAUUCCACCAGUAUUGUUGCUGCCCUUCUCAUAGACUUUAAAAGCUCAUUGCUUCCUCAUCUCCCAGUUCAUUUCCUUGGAUCAAGCAAUUUUCUGAUGAUUGCGCUUUUCCCCAAAUCAAAGAUAUAUCAAACAUUUUACUCAAAGGUCUUCACCCCCUGGCAACAGCAGGAUAACUCAGGGCUGGCUUUAAAAGUGAUCCAAGAAGAUGGAUUAUCUCUGGAACAAAAGAGAUUACACUCCAGUGCACAGAAGCUCUUCAAUGCCCUGAACCGUCCUGCUGGCGAGAAACAGAGUUCUCUAAAGCUACUCUCAGCCAAGCUCCCAGAGCUGGACUGGUUUCUCCAACAUUUUGCUAUUAGCAGCAUUAGUCAGGAGCCAGUGAUGCAGACUCAUCUUCCUAUCCUGCUGCAGCAAACUGAAAUCAACCCUACUCACAGAGUAGAAAAUGACAAGGUAAUUAUCAGCAUUGUAACCGGCCUCCCAGGUUGUCAUGCUAGCGAGCUCUGUGCUUUUCUGGUCACUCUGCAUAAGGAAUAUGGCAGGUGGAUGGUAUACCGCCAAAUCAUGGACAGCUCCGAGUGUUUUCAUGCUGCCCACUUUCAGAGAUACCUUUCCAGUGCCCUGGAGGCCCAACAGAACCGUUCUGCCCGCCAGUCAGCCUACAUCUGCAAGAAGACCAGACUGCUGGUGGUGUUACAAGGCUACACAGAUGUUAUUGAUGUUGUCCAGGCCCUGCAGACCCACCCAGACUCAAAUGUCAAGUCCUCCUUUGCCAUUGGUGCCAUCACGGUGUGCCUGGAGCCCCUGAGCUGCUACAUGGAGCACAGGUUUCUCUUCCCUAAAUGUCUUGACCAGUGUUCACAAGGCCUGGUGAGUAAUGUGGUGUUCACCAGUCACACCGUGGAGCAGAGGCACCCUCUCCUUGUUCAGCUGCAGAGUCUCAUCAGGGCUGCCAAUCCCACUGCAGCCUUCAUUCUUGCAGAAAACGGGAUUGUCACCAGGAAUGAAGACAUUGAGCUGAUUCUCUCAGAAAAUAGUUUUUCAAGUCCUCAGAUGCUACGAUCUCGAUACUUAAUGUACCCUGGCUGGUAUGACGGUAAAUUUGAUGCUGGAUCAGUCUUCCCACUAAUGGUUCAGAUCUGUGUAUGGUUUGGCCGUCCCUUGGAGAAGAAUCGCUUUGUGGCCAAGUGUAAAGCAAUUCAAUCGUCCAUCAAGCCAAGUCCCUUCUCUGGAAACAUCUACCACAUCCUGGGCAAAGUGAAGUUUUCAGACUCUGAGAGGACCAUGGAGGUCCGCCACAACACUCUGACCAACUCCUUGAGCAUUAUGCCAGUUUUGGAGGGACCCACACCACCACCCGACUCCAGAAGCACACCUCCAGACAGCAGCGGGCAGCAGGAGUACUACCUUGUAUUCAUUGGCUGCUCCCUGAAGGAAGACAGUGUCAAGGACUGGCUGCGGCAAUCAGCUAAGCAGAAGCCUCAGAGGAAAGCCCUGAAGACCAGGGGGAUGCUGACCCAGCAGGAGAUCAGGAACAUCCAUGUGAAACGCCACCUGGACCCCCUCCCUGCAGGCUACUUUUAUAAUGGUACCCAGUUUGUUAACUUUUUUGGUGACAAGACUGAUUUUCAUCCACUCAUGGAUGAGUUCAUGAAUGACUAUGUGGAAGAAGCCAACCGGGAAAUUGAGAAGUAUAACCGCGAGCUGGAACAGCAGGAGUAUCACGACCUCUUUGAGCAGAAGCCCUAGAGGAAGGCUGGUGGCCCCUCCCUGAAGGGGCUAUCUCCUUGGCUAUGUGUGCUUGCUUGAGUGCAUGUUGUCUUUAUUCUCUAUACAGUGCUGCAGAGCAUCACCUACACCACUGAUUUGGGGAAGGGUCCUCAAGGAUGAGCAGACAGGAACUGCCUUGGGUGGGGAACUAGCAGUCCAGGAGCUCUGGGUCUCUGAUAACUGUACCUCCUUUGAGCUGUUGAGGCACUGUGAUGGGGAGAAGCAUUUGGAUUGUGCAGAAGAGCUGCUGGGACUUAGAAGGAACCCUGGCUGCCUGAACUGUGGCUGUGCCUGGAAGGCCAGCUACCUCAGGCCUCAGACACUGCCCCAGGAGAUCCCUCAUCCCUAAUGGACUGCCUGACUCCCCUGCUUAGGCCCCUUCCGUUAAGGGAGCUGGUGGCUCUGCUGGCCCUGGGUCCAGUCUCUGGGGGGAGCAGCACAAGCCCUGCCCAAGCCCAACUCACAGAGCCAGGAGCUUGGGCUGAGAUCAACAGCUUGUUCUGAAAUGAAGGGAUUUCCCUUGUGGACUAAACUGAGGGAAAAGGCAUGUUGCUUUUCAGGAGUAUGUGGCUUUUGAGUUGCCAUAAGCAGUACUUUGCCCUUGUGAUGGGUUUUUGAACUCUCCUCUGGCAUCACUCGCGUUUCCGUAAUUCAGGGACAAGAGCAAGCAUGUUGCCCAAGCCCCAUUGGCAGUGCUUUGCCUCACUGUUGAGGGAAGCAUUCUGCAUCUGGUUAGUCUUACGCCUGGGGUCUGAUCACUUAUGGGGUGUCCGUCUCCAGCACUUAGCUCUUCCCCCAACCUUGUCAAGGAAGGCCUGCUUUUUAGCUACAAAAUUGAGGAAAUUCAUGCCCCCGAAGCAUUUUUGCUGGCCCUGGAUUUGUUUGGCUCCUGAGGACCAAGAAUUUCAAAGAAUUCCAAUACCCAAGUUAGAAUUCCAGUGGCUUUGUUUUCAGCUGGACCAUAAAGCAGAGGGGAAUUACAAGUAUGUCCCAUGCCUGACCUUCGUAAUUAGUGUGGGGAAUGGGGUGGGGGACACAGGCACUAAUAUUUAGGUGAUGUCUGUCAGGACUUAGCGCCUCAGCUGCCUGGAUUGUAAAUGUUUUCUGAAUCUCACAUGUUUUUUGCAUGCCUUAGGAAGAAGCACAUAGGUGAAACCAGCAAAGUUUCAAAGUUUAGUAAUGUAGAGGGGUUUUUGAGAAAGGCCCCUGGUGCAGGGGAGAGACAGGAUGGAGCACAUAUGGUCUGUGCCUGGUCACACAGAGGCCUGCAUGCAAGUAGCAAAGCAAUUGUCAAGGGCUUGUCGGUAAAAUAUACUUGUAUUGGAAAAAACUAUUUGUAUUUGAAGCCAAACGGACAAAACUCUAAAUAUCAUUGAAUAAGAAAUCUUGCAUCAAGAAAGGCUUCUGAAAAGGCCCAUGUGCUCCAUUCCUAGCUCCAAAAGCCACUGGUGACAAGGGCCCCACUGUGGAAACCC